AUGAGUUUAACAUCUAAACGACAAUUACCAAGUGUCAAUAGCGAAAAACUUCGACAAAUCAACUCUGUCUUAGCCAGUACCGAAGACGAUUUACCGGAUUCAUUGAAAUCCAAUGAUAGAAUAUCGACAUCGACAAAUAGUGAAGAGAGUGAUCGAACAAUAACAAAAGCACAAGUAAUUGACCGAGAUUCCAGUGAACGAAUGAAUCCGAUCAUUGAAAGAGUGGUUCAAUCUCGUUUCGAUCGACGUUUAUUGGAAAUUGAACGUGAAUUGCAACAACAACGAAGAUUUACAAUGCAUCAGAGAGACGAAAGAUCGUUCGGAUUUCGAAUCGAGCCGAAUCAUUUAACGGUAAAUGAAUCUCAAGUUGGAGAAUAUCAAGGCAAGAAAAAUACUUUAACACAACAGAAUUCGACAAAUCUACGUGAAUGUGCGAAAACCAUUCGAGAAAAUGUUAUGCAAUACACUGAUGAAUUGAUGCGAAGUGAUGUGACACCAACGUCUAAAGACGACGAUGUGUUGUCGCUCUUAAAUCGACGACGCAGAAUCGAACCGGACUCAAUUCGAUCAGAAAAUGAGUAUUUACUUCAACAUCAGAAUAUGCUUUCGAAGUCCACGACAUUGAACGAAAUGAUCCAUUUCAAGAAAGAAUAUGAGAAAAGCGAACAACAACGUGUACAACUAUUUGAACAAGUAGAAUCACUAAGACAAACUUGUGAUCAGAAAGACAAACUUCUUUCAAAGACUUUACUCGAAAUGAAAGAAGUUAAUGAAAACUGUGAUACAUGCGAACGACAAAAUCAUAAAUUACAACAUGAUCUCACUUUAGCCUUGGAAAGAUUAGAACAAAUGACUCAACAAGCUGAGCAUUUUGCUCAAGAAUCAAUGAAUUCACAAAAGUUAUUAGCAGAUUCUGAACAAAAACGAGAAGAAUAUCGAAUUCAAUCUCAAGAAGCAACGAAACAAUGGAAAGCUCGAGUACAUAAAUUUGAGAAAGACAUCGAACGAUAUAAACUUGAUUCAACACAUUUGACUGAAAAGAACGAACAAUUAUUGAAAGAAAUCGACAAUCACAAGUCACAAAAUUCCAAUCUACGAGAUCAGAUCUCGAAACUCGAGACAAACAUCACUGAUGCAAAACUAAAUUACAAUCAAUUAGAAGAACAAUACAAACGAAAAGAAAAUGAUAUUAUUCAACUGCAAGACAUUCGUUCUUCUCAGCACGAUGAGCUUGCAUCACUCAAAGAAACAGUCAAUGAACUUACAAGUCAAAUUUCAAUCCAACGUCAACGUUUAUUGCAAUUGGACAGAGAAAAGGAAGAUUUUCAACAACGAUUACAAGAUGAACUUGAGCAUCGAAAUCAUUGUGAUUUGAAAUUGAAGCAUUACGAAAACGAUAUCGAAACGGCAACUACAACUCGUUCGCAAUUACAAAAACAAAUUCAGAGCUUAGAAAUCGAACGAAAGAAUUUGAUACAAAAAGUGAAAGAACUUGAAUUCGAUAAAGAUUUAUUAUCCGAAGAGAAAGUCAGGUUACUUUCCAUCGAAAGUGAUUAUCAACAAAUCAAGCUACAAUUAUCUGAUGAAAAAGUUCGAGUCAGUGCUUUGCAACGAUAUGAAAAUGAACAAAGAAAAGAAAUCGAAAGGCUUCAAGAUAAAUCUAAUAAAUAUGAAGAUGAAACCAUUCAAAAGCAACAUUUCAUUGAAACUUUAUCAAGAGAACUUCAAGAAAAAUGUCGAACAAUUACCGAAUUAGAAUUCAAAAUCAAUAAGUUAACAGUCGAAAUAAACAAUCAAAAGAACUGUAUGAACAAAAAGGAUGAUGAAUACCAACAUACUCUUCAAAUGAUUUAUAAUGAAAUUGUUCAAUGUACAGAAUCUUUAUCGAACAAUUCCAGUCAACCAUUUCGAAUUCAACCAGCAGUAAAUCCUCGCGAUGAUAUCGAGGUUUGGACAAGCAAACUAAAAGCUCAUUUCACUUGGUUCAAACAAGAAUUAGAACUUCAUCAAGAUGAAAAGAAGCAACUUCGUCAGGAUCUUCAUAACACAUUGUUAGAUUGUGAAGCUGAUCGAGUCUAUUUUGCUUCGGAAUUAGCCAAACGGGAAGUUCUCAUCAAUAAAAUGACUAUGGAUGAUUGUCAACGAAAAUCCAAUGAAUACACAAGAUUUGAUCUACAAAUCGAAUUCAAUCAACAUCAAAUUCUGACUGAAGAUGAAAGAGAACAUAUUGAUGAUCGUUAUCGACAGUUUCAAAUGUUGAUUGAUUCUGCUAAACACGAAUUACAAACAGCAAAAAUACAACUCUCAAAUUAA